GAGAAACAAAGCAAUGUCUACAGCAGUGAACCAUCUCUUUGACCUUCAAGAACAGAUUUGCUAUGUACAAUGUGGUUAUUGUACCACCAUUUUACUGGUAAUAUAUGCACAGUAUUAGCAUUGGAAGCUAUAUAGAGCAUUAACCAUUGAUACCUCUCUUCAUUAACACCUCUUUAUGUUUUAUGCAUUCUAUGAUCUGUUUACUCUCAUCUUUAUCUUUUAUCUUUUAUCUUUUUUUGUUUGACAUUAUUUUUAUUUUCAAAACUCAGGUAAGUGUUCCAUGUAGCAGUCUGUCAAUGGUGGUCACAGUCCGAUGCGGCCACUGCACCAGCCUCCUCUCUGUGAACAUGAUGAAAGCCUCUUUUGUCCCUCUCCAUCUUUUUGCUAAUUCUCUCAACCAAGAUAAUGAGCCAAAAGAAGAAAUUAUCCCUCAAGAAGCAGAAACUCAAAAGGUUUUGGACAAGAGGAGCCCAUCCCUCGUCAUCUCAUCGGAUGAUGACGAAGAAGAAGAAGAUGCAGUUCUGGUGAAUCAUGUCGUCAAUAAACCCCCAGAGAAGAGGCAAAGAGCUCCAUCAGCUUACAACAACUUCAUCAAAGAAGAAAUCAGAAGGCUCAAGGCCAAGUAUCCCAACAUGACUCACAAGGAAGCAUUCAGUGCAGCUGCAAAAAAUUGGGCCCAUUUCCCACCAAUUCAGUACAAAAGAGAUGGAGAAAGCUGUGGGCAGGGAGCUGAGAGAAAGAUGCCAAGGACCUCAGAUGUUGGAGAGGUCCAUGUAGAAGGCAAUGGUUUCCGUGAAAGAAAGGCUUCAAGGCAUUCCAUAUGGACAAAGACACCCUUUGAGUAAAAUAAAGAGAGCUCAUCAAUAUUAUGUUUCUCUUUUUAAGUUAGGUGUUUUUAGGGUU